CUGAGCAGCGGACGAGAAACUGGCUUUGAGAUACAUGCAAUCAUUUUGGACUUUUCUGAAUUUAUAAUAACAUUAAGUGUCGUUAUGAUUUUAUACAAUAUAAGGACAAAAAGAUGGGACGCACGAAUUAGUACAGAGUUGUUUUUCCGGAGAUGAGGACAGAAUAAAACAAUAUUUAUUAUCUAUUGCAAUAACUGAUGUCAGUUUCAGAAAAUGCUUCUAAAGCUGUCAAAAUUAUGAUAAAACUGUAAACAUUGAAUUUUGUAAAUAAAAUUAGAAUUUCGCCAUGGGUCGAACCCCUUCUCCUGGUAGAAGUAAUUACUACAAAAGACGACGGUCACGUUCUCGCGAUCGAGACCGGCAUAAAGUUAGGAAGACGAGUCCAAAUGCGUCUACUUCAAAACAUGUCGAGGAAGAAUUUAGUUUCACGAAUUAUAAAAGAGAGUUGAACAAAAUAAUUUUAUACAGUAGCGAGAGCAACACGGUUGCUAAUAGCUUAGAUGAUUUUUGGGUGUUUUUAAAGAAAUAUGAAGCUACUCUAAAGAAAGCUGGCAAACCUAUAGUUGACUAUGGACCUGAAGAAAAUAGCGAAGAAUCUUCAGAAAAGUUUUCAAAGUUUCAUUGCAUUAAUUUCACUUCAUCCAUGAAGUAUGUGGAUACAGUUUAUGAUGAAAGGGAGCGACGAAAGUUGGACAAAAAUCUGUUUCAAGCCUUCUUGAAUAUUGUUUCCAUCUACAUUGAUUUUAAAAAUAAGGAGAAGUUUACUAAACUUAGGAAGUUAAGACAAGCUCAGAGAGACUUACCUGUAGCUAAAUAUAGAGAUGAAAUUGUGUCUGCAGUGCAGAAUGAAAGGGUGGUGGUGGUUGCUGGGGACACGGGAUGUGGUAAGUCCACACAAGUCCCACAGUAUCUACACGAAGCUGGGUUCCAAAAUAUUGCAUGUACACAACCUAGAAGAAUAGCCUGUGUGUCCUUAUCUAAGAGAGUGGCAUAUGAAAUGCUGACACAAUUUGAAAGUAAAGUUGGCUACCAGAUCAGGUUUGAAAAGAGCAAGACAGCGGACACCAAGAUAUGUUUCAUCACUGAAGGGCUUUUGCUGAGACAGAUGUCAUCAGAAAAUCUACCGAACUAUGACGUCAUAAUCCUAGAUGAGGUCCAUGAGAGACAUUUGAUGGGAGAUUUCUUGUUAGGCGUGUUGAAGUGCCUGAUACACAGUCGUAAUGACAUCAAAUUAGUUUUAAUGUCAGCUACCAUUAAUAUUAAACUCUUUCAAGAUUAUUUUUCGGCGGAGUCUGCUGCUGUUAUACAGGUACCAGGACGUCUCUUUCCCAUAGAAUUAAAUUACAAGCCGGUGUUAAUUGACGACAAACCGAAACGAGAUGACAGGCUCGACCCUCAGCCUUAUGUACAGAUUAUGCAGCUGAUUGACAGUAAAUACUCAAGUGAUGAAAGAGGCGAUCUUCUAGUAUUCAUGUCUGGUGUCCAAGAGAUCACGGCUAUAUGUGACGCGGCUCAACAGUACGCAGACAAAACUAAAAACUGGAUUGUUUUGCCCUUGCACAGUGGCCUUUCACUUGCUGAACAGGAUAAGGUGUUCGACUAUCCCCCUGAACGAGUACGAAAAUGUAUCGUUUCUACAAAUAUAGCUGAGACGUCUGUCACUAUUGAUGGUAUACGAUUUGUGGUUGAUUCUGGGAAGGUCAAAGAAAUGAGUUAUGAUUCAACAACAAAAAUGCAACGAUUGAAAGAGUUCUGGAUCUCGCAGGCGAGUGCUGAUCAAAGAAAAGGUCGUGCGGGUCGAACAGGCCCCGGCGUCUGCUACCGCAUCUACUCUGAACAACAGUACAACGAUAUGGAACCGUUUAGUACUCCGGAAGUGUCCCGAGUACCGCUCGCAUCAUUACUGCUACUCAUGAGCUCGUUAGGAGUCAACGAUGUUAGGAGGUUCCCGUUUCUAGACGCACCCCCUGAGGAGGCAGUCGAAAAUGCUUUGUUGGAGCUGAAGCAACAUGGAGCCCUGACCUCGAACGAGAAGCUGACCGCCCUCGGGCGCAUGCUGUCGCAGCUGCCAGUGGAGGUGUGCCUGGCCAAGGCGCUGGUGCUGGGCGCGGGCAGCCUGCCGCCGCGCAAGCGGGACUCCGCGCUGGCGCUGGCCGCCGCGCUAGGGGUCAGGGCCAUAUAUACUACGAGGGCACAUCGGGAUUUUGAGUGUGAGAAUGCCCGAAAACCCGACGAAUCUGACCACGGUGACCCUUUAACCCUUCUCUCGCUAUACUGCGCGUGGCUUCGAGAGAAACGCGACACCCGCGGCGGCCGCGCCUGGUCUAGAAGACGCGGUAUCGAAGAACAACGACUGUACGAGCUCACCAAACUUGCUGCACAAUUACGGAGCUUAUUGCAGGACAACAACUUAAUGGAGACUCAAGAACCCGAGUCAAUGUCGUCAGCUGAGCGAGCUUUACGUCACGGUCAAAUGAAGCAAUUGAAAGAUAUGAGAAGACAAUACAAACAAAACGCAGCUAAAGAUGCGAAAAACAAGAAGCGACUCAAAGUAGACUCUUGGGAGAUAGUCGAUGAGAAAUCCAAUGAAGACGACGAAGUACUAGAUAUAAGAGAUAUUGAAUUCCGUAUGACUAACGACGCUCAGCGUAUACAAGCAUUGAUAGCGGGCUCUAGCGCUUCCAGUGGAAGAGAUCUUAUUAUGUUGAAGGUUGUUUUGUGCAGAGCUUUGUACCCGCAAGUGGCUGUUGCUGACGAAUUUAAUCAUCACAAAUCUGCAGCCGAACAACUAUACCACACUUGGAGCAAGCCAUUCGUGUUCCUCCACCCGACGUCGUACUUCGGCAAAAAUCCUCGCGUCCUGCAGCUCACCGAGGCAGACAUACAGACAGACAAGCCGCCGGGGUACGACAGCAAGUUGCCAUUGUCGAGCAAACAUCAAAUAUUGUGCUAUCUAUCACUUCUGGAAACUACGAAGCCGUACAUAGUGAACUCUAUGCGUAUGCCUGCCGCACAAACUUUGUUGCUGUUAGCGCACUCUAUCGAUACUAACAUAGGAUUUACAAGGAUAAUCUGUGAUGCGUGGCUACUAUUGGAGUUUCCUUAUGCUGAAACUGGCUUGAAUUUACUGUUAAAAGCGGUCAAAUUACGACAGCGAUGGGAUGCGCUCAUCAAUCGAAGACUUUUAGACGCAACCCCAACAAAAACAGUCGAAGCUGAACUCGAAAAGCAAAAUCUACCAAAAAUCUCCUACGAAGAAGUCCAACAUGAGUUGUCAUGCGACAUAAGCUCUUAUUUGACCAGCGACGUCUGUUACACUAUCAAGAGACUACUGCCCGGUGACCUGAAGACUAUAUACCAAGGGAAUGACGAGGCCCAUCCAGCGAUUGAACCAAACCCCUUUGAUGAAAACUUUGAAUGUAAACCACAUGAGAAGAAAGGAGGUGUCUUUGUUACUGAUAAUGUUGUUUAUAAUUGCGUCGUCGACACAAACUGGAGUUACAAUAGCUACGAAGAAUCCUACAGUUUACCCUGGACGUGCACAAACUGCGAACUUACCGUCUGCCUAUCACCCAUCGAGAGACUCCAACACAAACACUUCAUAUGCUCAGCUAAAGAAGAAAAGAAAAUAUUAACACCUAAAACUACAAGGGAAAUUAAACCUAACGCCAAAGAGUAUACGUGCGAAAAUUGUAAACAGACUUUGUAUAUGACGCCCGUAGAGAUAUUGAAGCAUAAGAAAAGUUGUCUUAAAUCAUAGUCUUUAAGUGUCAUAAUUGAAUGAACUAAGGCCUUUGCUGUACAGAAUACGUUAUGUAUAAGUACCUACAUUCUUCAAAAUGUAGAUAUACAUAUGUGAUCCGACUCAAGAAAGUUAUUGUUGCAAGUGCGAACGUUAUGUAUAAGUAUUACAAGAAUAUAAGAAGAAUACUUUGUUCAAUUGAAUUGAAGAAAUAAAUGAAUUAUAUUUGAUUUA